AAAAAAAAAAAAAAAAAAGAAAUCUAAUGACAAAAGGCAAAUGAAGUUAUAUUUGCAGUUGUAGGAAUUCGUUCGCUCGCUCGCUAAAACAAGUUGACAUUUGCAAUCGCUCACACAAAAUUCGAAGACUUAAUAUAACCGUUCUAUCAUGUGCAGACACAUAUAACAUAAAAGGACACACUAUCGUUUUACCUUUUUAAAGAGCGAUUUAUUAUAUUAUACAAGUUUAGACGCUUAUAUCUAUUGAUAUACAAUUAAUAUUGAUAUGCUGGAAACAAAUAUAAAAUAGCUCAAUAUAUAGAACUCAAGGAAUAUAUACGAAUGGAAUUAUACGCAUAUGUGGUUAAGCCGAUAAAAGAGAACAAGUAAGGAGUGCAAAAUGUAACGCGUAACAGUUAAGGUCGUCUCUUAAAUACACUUCACAUCACAUUGUAAAUAAAUGCUAAACAGAUGUUUCUUUUAAAAGCAAAAAAGAUGAAAAAUUUAAUUUUUAUUUUAAUCGCACUCAAGCAAAAACUAUAUAAAAUGAAAUUGCUUAGCAAUUGAAGAAACAUCGAACGAACCCAGCAAACGUAUUCCAUGACCAGUAAAUGAACAACUUCAUUCACAUUUAUCCUUGAAGCGAAGGUUAUAAGCGAGUUUAUACAAUUCUUGGGAAUAACCACAAGAGAGAUGAAUAAGGCGACGAAGAGAGAAUGAAAAAUAACUGCUAUAUAAAAAUAAAAAUGCGUGCAGUAAACAAAUAUAAGGAAACCGACAAUAAAUAAAGUACUACGCGGCAUUAAACCUAGAAAACAAUAACAAAUGAUUCCGUUGAAAGGAAAAACCAAUAAAACAUUUGUAGACAAAGUAAAAUUUGUGUCACUUUGUGCAAGGCUUUUGCUUAAAACAUACGUAUAUUGAUCGGCCCGUAUAUAAUCAGCUGUGCGUUAAAUGCGGUGUCAAUCGGUCGCUUACAUACAAUUCUUUAAUUUGCGUUUACGUGGCUCAUUCUUUAAUCACCGUGCACCGGCCGACAGUUGAAUACGUUCCCAAAUUAAUGAUUUAACUAAAAACGUUAAAAGUAAAAUAUGUUCGGCUGCGAAGGCGUCAAUUUCUCACACCCCACAUGCACAUGUAUACAAAUAUAUAAAAAGUAUACGACAAAUGGCGAAAAAUAAAUAAAUUAAUAAAAAAAAAAAAUGAAAAAUAAAAAAAAAUAAGAGCAACGAGAAAGUUUAGCCAUCUGUGACUUUACAAAAUGUGUAUCACAUGAAUAAAUUCUCCUCUAGUCAUCAAAAUACCCAUAAAGCUGAAAUCAAAUUAAAUAUUUCGGCCAGAAGGCAGCUGCACAUUUCGACUCAACUUACCAGUGAUGCCUGGAUUGGUUGUUUUUAGACGAAGAUGGUCUGUGGGCUCUGAUGAUCUUGUGGUGCCCGGUGCAAUACUUUUAAUAAUACAUUUAAUAUGUUUAAUGAUUGUAGUGGUUUCGUUGAGCAUUUUAGACUAUGAUACAAGCCUUUUAGACGUAAAAUUGCUAUUUUAUCAUCAAAUCGGUUAUCUGAUGAUAUUGUGUCUUUCAAUAAGUAUAGAAAUAGGUAUUUGCGUGAUAUCAAUGCGUGGCAGUAUUUUGGAUUCAGAAAUACGGAAUCCUAUUAACAUUUGGAUUUACAUAAAAACCCUUAUUUUAUUCAUCGACGUGGUGUGGCUUAUUUUAGGUACAAUAUGGAUAGCAAAUUUUUAUGAAGAAUCCUUUAAAGAUAAAUCAAAGAAAAUAUUUGUUGUAUUGAAAAUUGAUAAAAUAAAAAUUCUAGGCAUUGUGAUAUCGAAUUGGGCGUUAGUAUUAGUGACAUUUAUAACCGUAUGGUGUACAUUCGAUGCUGCGGGACGUUCUUGGGUGAAAAUGAAGAAAUACCAAAGAUCAAUGCGUGAAACGGAAUCGCGUUUGAAUUACAAGCGCAGCAAUAGCGUAAAUCGAAAUUGGCGCCAAAGAAAAGUAAUGCGAGCAUACCAAGAUAGCUGGGAUCAUCGGUGUCGUUUGCUCUUCUGCUGUAUAGGAUCCACAGAGCGCAGUCGUAAUUCGUUUACCGACAUUGCUCGAUUAUUGAGUGAUUUUUUUCGUGAAUUAGACGUUGUUCCCUCCGAUGUGGUGGCCGGCUUAGUAUUAUUACGGAAAUUUCAACGUUUAGAACGUGAAGCUAUCGUACGUCAACGAAAGAACGGCACGUAUGAGUUUUUAAGUGGUGUACCCAUCACUGAACAUACUCAAUUUUUAGCAUUGAACGAUCCCAAAAGUUAUGAUUUCUUUCAAACUGUUAUCCAUUAUAUGUAUUUUGCGCAAGGUGCUUACGGCUGGCCCAUGUACCUUAUGAUAAAUCGCUCAAGAAUGUACCAUUUGCUGCCUGAAUUAAGAUCGUUUGGUUGUUGUAAGAGCCAUAGCGAUGAAAUUGAAGUCAUCCAAGACAACUGUUGCUAUUGCAAUUAUGCUGCUUUAAAGAAGACCCUACAAGUAGGCGAUGUGGAAAUUCUUUAUGUUACAUAUCAUGUGGAUGUGGGUGAAACACCAUUUUUUGUAGCUAUCGACUAUUCGCAAAAGAAAAUUGUUGUUAGUAUACGCGGCACACUUAGCAUGAAAGACAUAUUGACUGAUUUGAAUGCCGAAAGCGAAGUGUUGCCAUUAGAUCCGCCACGUGAAGAUUGGCUUGGGCAUAAAGGAAUGGUACAAGCAGCGAUUUAUAUACGUAAUAAAUUGCGUGAAGAGAAUCUUGUAGAGAAAGCCCUCAAUAGAAAUCCCGAUCGUAAUACGCAUACAUUCACUUUAGUUCUGGUCGGACAUUCGUUGGGCGCCGGUACAGCGUCAAUUUUGGCAGUACUCAUGAAACCUGAUUAUCCAUCCUUACAGUGCUUUAGUUAUUCUCCACCAGGUGGCCUCUUAAGCAUGCCGGUGGUGGAGUACUCAAAGUCAUUUAUUACCUCAGUAGUUUUGGGAAAAGACGUAGUGCCUCGUAUAGGUUUAUAUCAAAUGGAAGCUUUACGUGCUGAUCUCAUAAAUGCCAUACAGCGCAGCAUAGAUCCUAAGUGGAGAACUAUAUCAUGUUCAAUAAUAUGUUGUGGUUGCGGGCCAGAACCAACCUCAGUGAUAGAAAUGUCCGGCAAAGAUACUGAUAUUAAUAAAUAUCAAGAGGAACGUGACUCGGCACGGUCCACUAGUGCACAUCCAACUGAUAGCUCAAUAGCUUUAACAAUUCAUCAACCGCUUUAUCCACCUGGGCGUAUCAUACACAUCGUGCGGCAUCAUCCAAAACCGGAUGAGCAAAAAUAUGACAGAGGUUGGAGAAAUAUGCUAAAAAAUCGUGAGCCCGUCUAUCAGGCCAUUUGGGCAGAUACAACAGAUUUUGAUGAAGUGCUCAUAUCACCUGUAAUGUUACAAGAUCACAUGCCGGAUAAGGUCUUAGCCGCUUUAAAGAAGGUUGUAACUACUAGCGGACCACGAAAACCCCAUCGUCAAACGUCAAAUGCUUUUAUUUCAAUCCACGAUACGCAAAAAAGCGACUGUAUCGAGUGUGAAUAUAAAGACAAUGGCGUAAACAGAAAUUCCUAUUUAAAUAUAAUAAAUUGUGAUGCAGAUACACCGUCAAUUCAACCCAAUGUAUGCCUUGAAACGUCAUUCACUAAUUUAGACAGUCCUCCGGCUUCACAAAAAUAUAACAGUCACAGUGAAAUGGGGAUUGAGAAGAGCUCAAGUAAAACAUCGUCACUGGCCGGUAGUAUACGUAGUCGUAGCCAAUUAAGUUCCAUGCAAUGGGACAUUUCUAGCGUCUUGGAUAAUAGCAUUAUAACAGUCGCAAUUAAAAGUCCUUUGCCGCAAGCGAAUGAUAUAAAUUCAAAAAUCGACUGUUCGGAGAAGCAGUCAAUAUCAUCGCAUCGUUUAAAAGCUGUUGCUUUCGAUAUGAACGCCAGUUGUCCGCAAGUCAGUAAAUCACCUUCGCCGCGCUUAACAAUACCGAAAAGCAUUUUAUCGCGACAAUCUUCAACACGAUCUCAAUGUAAACCGCAUUUGCCAUUGCCACCAUUGCGAAGAGCUUCAGACGUGCCAAAUCCCGUUGAUUUAAUCCAUGACGAUUGGUUAGGCUUAGCACCGUUAGCCAGUCCCGAGACACUAUCCGAAAUUUCAAGUAUCUCAUCGCGCAACAGUGUACGCAACAGUUUAGGCACAAGCAUAGACCGUUAUUUGCAAACGAUGCCCAACCGAAUAGGCAGCAAAAAUGUGUUAGAUGAUAUUUUCGAAUCACAAUUACAUACCCCGGUUGUAUUACGAAGGGCUCCAAAAUUUACGGAGAAUCUUUCAACAUGCGCCGAGGAUAGCCGCAAUCUUGAUGAAUAUAAACGUAUGAGUCGCGUAAUUAUCACUCAUCCCUUAUUCACACCGCAAACACAAGAUUCUAGUGAGGAGGAAGAUAGCUUUGAAACGGCCAAAAGUUAUAAACGAACAGAAGAUGAAGAUGAUAACGAUAAUCAAACAAAUGGAUUAAUAGUUACUCGUCAUCAUCGACAGAAUUCCAAAUCGGCUGAUCAGUUAGCUGAAUUUACUAAUAACCUACCCGCCGAAAAAAAAACUUACCUUCAGUGAUAGUAAUAUAUUAAACGAGAAUGACGAUGACGA